UCCUCCCGCCGGUUUCCCAGGAAGCAUUGCGAGCCGCGGCCUGCGUUGCCAAGCAACGCGAAGCGGCCUAGUCGUAGUUGAAGCCUCCUUGGAGUAGUUGAAGGAGGAUGAAGCAGAAGAGAAAGGCGGCGAAGGGCUUCUCCUCCCCGUCCUCCUCCUCUCGGCCUGGACGCAAGCGGAAGGAUCUCAGUGACAUUACCCCUUCGACAAGCUUGCCGCCUCUCGUGGAAGGACAGCUACGCUGCUUUCUGAAGCUGACCGUUAGCAAAAUCCUAUGGAUGGUUUCCAAGCCACCAUCUUCCUUCCUGAUCCGGGUGCGGUGGUGGGGAGAGACCUCCGAUGGCACUGUUUUCACUCCCCGUGACCCCUCGCAAGCAGAGCAAAAGACACUGAAGACUACCACUCGCUACCCAGUUCGGUGUGGACCAAAACAGUUUACUGCCUACCUGACAGAUAUGGGUGCUCUUAUACUGGAAGUCUUGACCAAAUCAGAUCGCCUUCCAAUCGGCCGGGUUCAAAUCAGUGGGCUAGCACAGCUCUCUCCUAGCCACCCAAUCAGUGGGUUUUUCACCAUUGUUUCACCAACAUCUGAAAAGAUGGGAGAAUUGCAGGUAUCAGUCGUUCUGGAACCUCUGUCUGAAACCUAUGACAGCAGCAGCUCCAUCCCAAACACAGACGUGAGCUUCAGUGCUGGAUUGCCAGCCUCAGGGGCCAAAGAGGCACUGGAGGCUAGCCAAUUUCUUGCCCCACCACCCCACCAUAGACCACUGAGCGCAAAUGUCAUUGGAAGGGAAUCUUUGAGCAGUAGUCGGGCUUCUACACCAAGGGGAAAGGACCAUUUAUACUUUCAGGAGAACUCUGAGAACCUUGGGCCGCAUCACCACCUCGUCGUAGGACAGAAUGAUAUAAUGAGAGGAAACAAUCCCAAGCAGCAUGGAUUGCUUCCCAGCAGCUCCGAUCAUGAGGCUCAAAUGAGGCUAGCUGGAAGAAGCCCAAAGCCUGUUCGUGUUCUUUCCUCAAACAAUGCAGCUGCAAAAGAUCUCAUUUCAGCUCUUUUGGAUCGGGGCAGCCGGCUCCGAGACGCCAUGGUUGUGUCUGCAAUGAAAUCCAGUCCUGACUCUGGUGUCGAACUGCACGAGGCUCACCCUGCCAUAACGCGAGAGGUUCACAGGCUAGCUGGAAAGAGCAUUAAAAAUCCGAAUGCUGGCUUUGCUGUGGAAGAUCCCCUCCAUCAACAACCAGACUACUCAGAAUUUGAUUUGGAAGUUGAAGACAGAGCAGUCCAGCUCUUGUUGGGCAGUUCUGAUUUAUCUUCUGUGCGUCUUUUGGAUGGAACACACUCACCUCUGGAGUCUCUCUCUCUCCGGAGUGAGAUUUGUGACAGCGAGCUCAAUGACCCCCAAUAUGACCAGAGUCUCUUGGAGAAUUUGUUCUAUACAGCUCAGAAGUCAGACAGCAGUUUAAGUGAUUUUCCCAGUGAAGAGGAGGGCGCUGUUGCUUCUGGAAAACAAAAGCAAUCUCGGAAAGGGCGGUCCCAGAAGUCAUCCAAGUCUAGCCCUUCAGAUCCAAAAAAGAAGAAAAAAGCCAGCCAUUCUCCUGCUAGACCAAUUCCUCCUCAUGAGACUUCCACGGAGUCAACUGAGGAAACACAACAUGUCAACUUGAGUCUUGACAGGCUGGCAGUGCUGAGUCGAAUCCACUUAGCAAGAAUGGUAGUGGAGAGUUUAAAGAUCCCUCUGGAAGACGGUGCUAGGAUCACCCCAGGCAAAAGGAGUUCUGCCGGGAAGCCUCCUCGGCCGACGCUGGCAAAAAAGAGGACAUACUUUGUGGAGUUUCACUUUCCAGUAGGCACUUUGAAGACCGGCGCAGGGCAGGGUGCCAUAACAACGGAAGUCGUUCGGGUAGCUUCUAGCAAGAUCUCAGGGGAAGUGGUGAAAUUUCAACAAAGGUCUGUGUUCCCUGUUCACUUCAGUGGCUCCAUGAUAACUCACUGGUGGAACUCAGACCUUGAGUUUAACAUAUUCCUGAAAAAGGGCACAGAAAGAAAGCCCCUGCUGGUUGGUUCAGCUGUUUUAUCCCUGCGAGAUGUCAUUCAGUCUGAGCUACUGAUGGUCAAUUGUGACUUGCCUGUGAAAGAAGGGGGUGUCCCAGCACAACUGGGCCCUUUAAAGGUGUCAUUGGAACUGGCUGCUGACAACAAAGACUUCUCUGCCACCAAUACCAGGGCAGUGAACGUGGCUUCACAAGCUCCAGUUUACUCUGUUCGGAGCCCUGGGGUCAAGUUCCAGAAUGCUGACAAGAGCCCCAGAUCUGCUGAAAGUCCUCAUCUCCUGAAGCAAAGUAGUUGCCAGUUCCUAAAGAGAACUCAGGAGACAUCGGAAAAGCCCAGCGUCGAAUCAAGCCAGUAUUUAGAGCCCAGGCCCAUGUCCCGUAACCUCCUGGCCCAGAUUGUUGCCUCUGAAGAGGAAGGCUUGCUGCUGCAUGUCCUGCUAAUGGUCCCAGAGGGUCAGGUCUUUGUCCCUCGAGAGGCUGGACUCCUUGGCUCUUGCAAUGUGUAUUUGAACUGCAAACUCUUCAACACCAAAGAAGCAACAAGGUCGGCUGUCAUCUGGGGCACCACCCAACCUGCCUUCCAUUUUUCUCAGGUAAUGCCUAUUUCCUUGACUUCCAAAUGUCUGGAGCGGCUGAAGAAUAAUGUGAUGGUCAUCGAGGCCUGGAAUAAGGUGCACAGCCCUGGAGGAGACAGGCUGCUGGGACUAGUGAAGCUGCCGCUGCAUCAGUUCUACAUUUCAUUCAAAGAUCCUGCAAUUUCCAGCCUGCUGCUUCAGGCUCAGUAUCCGGUCUUAGCUGUGGAUGGCCCCAUGCCGUUGGUUGAUGUCUUUUCGGGGAAGAAAAACGGGAGCCUGGUGGUCAUCCUGGCCAUGGGCUCUGCUGACCAGAUUGCAUCCCUGCAGAGGCUAAAGAGCGAAGAAGGGAUGGGGCCUGCUGUGGUUCUGCGCCCGCCACAUGCCCUGGACCCUCCUCUCUCAGCUGCAGAAGUAGGCAGUACAAAGGAAGGCUUGAUGGAGCACGUCUUUGAGAUCCACCUUGAGAGCAUUAAAGGGCUCACUCCCCUCCAGUCCACCGUCUGGGGAGAGGCCGACUGCUACGUGCAAUACCACUUCCCAGUCCAAGAGUCAGAAUCAUCGGAUGUUUUACGUGGAGCAGAGUUCAGCGAAAGCGGUUUUGCAAUAAAACCUUUCCGCUCAGCCACUACCUUGUGCGUCCUGGACCCCACUUUCAGCGAGGAGCGUCAUCACGCCUUGCUGGUCCCUGCUGACAUCCCUGUCCAGCGGCUUCUGCUCAGCGCUUUCUCUGCUCAGGGCAUAGCAGGAGGAGGAGGAGGAAUUCAGUUUGAAGUCUGGUGCAGGUAUUACUACCCUAAUGUCCGAGACCAGAUGGUUGCCAGAGGGACCCUGCCAUUGUCACGCCUGUGUGCCCUGGUGACCCUGCAGCACCGGGACGCGGUCGGGAUCCAGACCUUCAGUCUGCCCUUGAUCCCCAGAACCGAUACUUUGGGCGAACACCAUCCCCGGUCGUCAGGUUUCCUUGAUGUAAGCAUCAGGUACAGACGUUCCCUGAAAGUAUCGAAAGGCAUCCUAGCAGCUCAAACUGUUUCUAUUUCUGUUCAAAUACACUCUGCAGCUGGUUUGCAGGCAGCAGCAAGAGCUUUGGCCGAAAAGAACCCUUUGCUACAAUACAGCGCCGAGGUCGGUGUCAAUACCUAUAUCUCAGUCCAUAUCCCCUUCCUCCCGGAGACGGAGAGGCGCAACACACGGCCCGUGGCACGCACUUUUUGCCCCGAAUUUGAGCACCACAUGGAGUUCCCUUGCAAUCUUGUGGUCCAGAGGAGCAGCGGAGAAGCCUGUUGCCUGGGGGAACUCCUCCAGCAUUCGGAAAUCGUGUUCUCCGUCUUCCACCAGAACCUGAAUUCAGCUUCAUCUGCAGUCAAAGCUCCGGCUUUAAGAGACUACCUUUUAGGAACCGUCAAGGUGGCAACCAAAGAUCUGUUGGUCAGAAGAUCAGGUAUUAGAGGCUGGUACCCAGUCAAUCUCCCAGAAGAUGUGGUGCCUUCAGAUAGUAGAAACUUCUUGGAAACCAUCGUUGGAGGCCUGGAGCUCUCUGUCACCUUUGCGCAUCCUGGGGACCGAGAACGUGUUCUGGAUGCUGCAGCGCUCUUGGGCUGGAAUUGGGAGGGAUUCUCCAGUGAGAAACUCCAGGAAGACAGUGAGGAUGAAUGCCAGUCUGCUCCAAAACCAGCCACAGUGACAGUUUCUAUCCCAAGGCUGUGGCUGCCACUGCAAUGUGUCUUACUAGCUGGGCAAACACACUUGAAUAGAAGCAUCUACUGCUACCUUCGCUACAAGCUGUACGACCAAGAAGCCACCUGGACGUCGCUAAGGAGGCCGAAAUGUACUGAAGACCAGAAACACGUGACGGUGACUUUCAAGAAAAGCCAUCAAAUGGACCUUCAACCGAGCCAGGCUUUGUGGUGGUACUUCAGAGAGGAGAGGCUGGAGCUCCAGGUGUGGAGAGCCUUUGGGAACGAGAGCCAUGUGGAGAGACCGCUGGACACUGACCGCCUGAUUGGGUCGGCCUUUGUGGAUCUCUCUGCGCUUGGAGGGAGUGCGAGAAGGAAGAGAACAGUUAGUGGUGUCUUCCCCUUGUUCCGGCGCAAUGCUUCAAACCUGUGGGGAGCUGCUGUGCGGGUUCACAUUGCGCUGGCUUCCACUCCCUCCCAUGGGUUUGAGCCUGGUGAAGAGGGAAGCCACAGCAGCAGCAGUGAAGGUGAAGAAAACAAAGAGCCACCUGAGCAAAAUGUCCAGGUCCCUCUGGAACCAAAUCCUGCAGCUGCAGACAUUCUUACCGAGAAAUCAUCUGAAUCAUCUCCUCCUGCUGUGGACCAUGAGAAGACAUUUGCUGUUAGCAUCCUUGUGGAAAGAGCCAUGCACUUGAGCUUAAAAGGGAGCCCUCUCACUGAGCGUGGAGUGACCUCCCCCAGCAGCUACGUAUCCUUUGUCGCUGCCGGUGUCGACAACCCCAUUGCGACAGAUGUCAUUGAAAAUACCGAGUCCCCCGUUUGGGGUUUCCAGCAGCAGACCAGGCUUUCCAACGAACUUCUUUUGGAUUCCCAGCAAACUCUCGUCUUUAAAGUCUGGCAUAAAGCAGAUGUUGAGCGUGUGAUAGGAUUCGCAUCGGUGGAUCUCUCCCCUCUCCUCUCCGGUUUCCAGCUGGUCUGCGGCUGGUACAACAUCACGGACUUCAGCGGACAGUGCCAGGGGCAGAUCAAAGUAGCGGUCUCCCCCCUUGAAAACAUAACCCAUCUCAAAAAAGAAAGACAGGAGAGAAACAAGAUAAGAGCUUCAGGAUCAUCAGUGAGGGACCUGUAUGCUGCAUUUCCUGCAUUCUCCUCUAGAAGUGCCACAGAGGUCUUAUUCAGCACCCCCUUGAGAAGCACCGAGGUCCCAACGCACCAAGGGAAAAACUUGUGUGAGCUGGAUGAGAUCCAGAAGUACUUUAGCCAAAAGCUGACCAGACCCUUCCCAGACGUUGAUCUUCUGCAACGACCUACGGAUAAGCUCAGCCAAAGUCGCCAAAACUCUGCCACGCGAUUGGUAGAUCCAGAAGGAUGCCAGCUGCUGGAGAAGUCUAAUAACCUGGUUUCACAAGUGAGCAGCCUGAUCAUAGACUUGCAGAACAAUAUGCUGCGAAAUGCCACCGAAGAGUCUUUAGAUGCUCAUGAAGAUGGGACCAGGCAUUUUCAUGCAAAGGAGCCACUUUCUGGUGUGCUGAACCAGAGAGAAGAAGCUGCCAGGACAAAACUGCCAAAAGGAAACAAACCUGAGAGCAGCCCCUGUGUAGAGAAAGCGCCUUUGUUCCCUCCUGGACCAUCCUCUUCUGGAAGAGACUUGCUUUAUGAGUUCCUUGGCCAAGGCAGCUCUCAGGACGACCUUCCUUUUCCCAGCCAGAGAGAAGAAGGUGCCAGUCAGUCCCAUAGUGAGGAGGAGGAGUACGAAGAGGAUGUUGUGGAACCAAGGAUGCUGAAUGAAAUCACCACCGUGACAGACAAAACCAGCCCCUGGUCCAGCCUUGUAUCUGAACCUGAGCAGGAGCCUGAGCAAAGGGAAAUCACAGUCCAGGCUGUUCAACAUUUACUCAACGAAGAUAGUCCUAGAAUCAGUUCUAAGUCCAGCGUAACCCAAGAAGAGCCCCAGAGUGUGCCCAGCACUGUGAGAUCCAGUAACAGCCCCUUCAGAGAAGAUGUUGGUGAUGAUGAACAUGUCAUGAGACAAGACCUUGAAAGUUGUACAGAAGAGCUGCUCCAACCUGCGGUCUUCUCGCCCGUACAGCAGACAAACGAGUCUGCAGGCAACCCAAUAGCUGAUCAGGAAGGAGAGCUCAAUACCCCAGGAAAGGGAGUGGAAGAGGAAGCAUGCACUUCAGAUCAUGAGGAUGGGAAUUCUUCAACAGCUGCAGUCCCUGAAAUGGGAAGUGAGUGUUUACAUAGCAACUCCCAAGAUGGAGAAGAAGCUGAUCCGAGUGAAGAGAGGCAUUCACGUCCUGAAAGCAGUUGCGACGAAGAAGGUCACGAAGAACCAACAGAAGAGUCUGAUCAGGUUCCCAAAUCCACUGUUGUGCUAUCGGACCCCAUUGUCAUCCCCAACUUCUUCCUCCCACCUCAACAUUUGGAAGCCUCCAUGCGACUCCUCAGCGUUUCUACUUCUUCUCCUGCUGCGAAACCUGGAACCAGUGGCAGUUGUGGCGGAGGGGAUGCUGCUGCUGCUCCGGGAACCACUUCCGGAAGGCAGAGCCGCCAGAAGCUGAGCCUGAUGCCGGCCGAGCUGCCAGAAGAGGAGACGAAAAGGAUAGCGAGAAUAUUUUCCAUGCAGUUCUCCAAAAGGACAUAGCAGCCGGCGGAGAGAGACCCACGCUGUGGAACCUUCAGCAGAGUCACCAUCUGGGGCUGGAUGCAAAGGCAGAUUGGUUUGAGUUGUGGUUGGGAGCCCAGUGCUUGCAAAAGUGGUGCUUGCAUCCGCCUAGGAGCCCUCCAUUGGUGAUUCUUCCAUCUCAAAGAGAUGCCGUCAUUCACUAUGUAAGGAAGAGGGAUUCUUUUCUCGCAUUGGCGAGGUCUGUCUGUCCUUUCUAGACAGGGACUCUGGAUUAGUCAGAUGCAAACUGGGUAAAUCGGUCAAAGGGACCUGGCUUGAGUUUUGCUCUGGACUCAAUGCAAUACACCUUCUUCCGGUCAGGUUUCGCUCCCCGUUGGUGGCAUUAUUUCCACUUCAUAGACCAAUUCUGUGCCUUACUCUAUCCAUAACACAUUUCCAAGUAUCCUUAAAGGCAUUGUCAAAGGCUUUCAUGGCCAGACUCACUGGGUUGUUGUAGGUUUUUUCGGGCUGUAUGGCCAUGUUCUAAAGGCAUUUUCUCCUGACGUUUCGCCUGCAUCUAUGGCAAGCAUCCUCAGAGGUAGUGAGGUCUGUUGGAACUAGGAAAAAGGGUUUAUA